UAACCGCUAGUUUCUUUAUUUAACGGUUUCGUAAGCUUCCUUGUCGGUCCCCAAAUUUUCAAAGUGUUCAUCAUGGAGAAACCAACACCUCCGUCUUCCAAUCUAAACGCCACUUCCGUCACGGUGGAGAACCGAAACUAUGUAUCGGUGGCAUCUCCACCUCGAUAUUAUCACGAUCAAGAUCUAACCACCACCGAUUUCUCCUCGAUAUAUAACUUCAUUUUCUUACCCAGUUCUACUCUCUCGCAGUCCCUUUCCGUCACCCCUUCCUCUUGCUCUUCCUCCGAUAACCUCAAGCAUUCGUCCUAUAAUGCAGCCACCGAGCACCGCCUCAACCACGCUCGUCUCAUCCUCGAAUAUCAGCAACUGAGUGACCACUUCGACAUUUUCUUUUCUCGCCUACAGGUACUCAUGGGAGAGCUUGAAACGCUGCGUAAAGAGAACAGAGAUCUUCGGCUGGCCAACACUAAGUUGAUCAGGCUCCUGUCCCUCUCGUCCCAAACAACUGCCGUGAGUAAUAGAAAUAACCAAUGCGAAAAACUACCGGAUCUGAACGACAAAAUAUGGGAGAGGGGGCGGAAGAAAUCAGUGCCCAAGACCGUUUCAUUCGAGUCACCUAAAUAUCAUAGGGUCAACCAACAGCAAAGAGUCGCCACUCCUAUGCAGAGAAUUCGUGUAGCGUCAUUUGAAAGAAGAGAAGAGAAGGGCAAUCAAGGAAUGGUGAAGACGGAGCUCUGCAACAAAUGGCAAGAGAGAGGGUCAUGCCCUUACGGCGACCAUUGCCAGUUUUCCCAUGGUAUUGCCGAGCUACGUCCGGUAAUUAGGCAUCCGAGGUACAAGACCCAGGUUUGCCGGGUGGUUCUUGCCGGUGAGGCCUGUCCGUACGGCCACAGGUGCCACUUCCGCCAUUCCCUUACGGAACAAGAGCAACUAUUACUUUCGCCCUAAUUCUUACUUCUCAUCUAUAAAAUUAAUGUAAAUAUCUUAAUUCGGGAAUUUCAUAGCAUGGAAAUAAGUCUCCCAUGUCGU